CUGAAGACCAGACUGGAGACUCUUCUGAACCUGAGACUGAUGACAGUGCUGAUUGGAAGGAGACCAGAGAACCUCAGUCAGCUUUAAACUCUCUCAAACAUGAUUCAACGUGUAAGAAACCAUUCAGCUGCUCUGAGUGUGGCAACAGAUUUGGCAAAAAGGCACACCUGAAGAUCCACAUGAGAUCUCACACAGGAGAGAAGCCUUUCAGCUGCUCUGAGUGUGAUAAGGCUUUCACCAAAAGUGGAAGCCUGAAGAAACACAUGAGAACUCACACAGGAGAAAAGCCUUUCAGCUGCUCUGAGUGUGAUAAAGCUUUCACUGAAAAUGGAAGCCUGAAGAACCACAUGAGAACUCACACCGGUGAAAAGCCUUUCAGCUGCUCUGAGUGUGAUAAAUCUUUCAUCCUAAGUGGACACCUGAAGAAACACAUGAGAACUCACACAGGAGAGAAGCCUUUCAGCUGCUCUGAGUGUGAUAAAUCUUUCACCGAAAAUGGAACCCUGAAGAUCCACAUGAGAACUCACACAGGAGAAAGACCUUUCAGCUGCAGUGUUUGUAAUAAAUCUUUUACAGUAAGUGGAGGUUUACAGUACCACAUGAAAACCCACACAGGUGAAAAACCUUUCAGCUGCUCGGAGUGUGAUAAAGCUUUCCCGGAAAGUGGAAGCCUGAAGAAACACAUGAGAACUCACACAGGAGAAAGACCUUUCAGCUGCCCAGUUUGUAAGAAAUCUUUUAGAGAGAGAGGAGGUUUACGGUCACACAUGGCAGUCCACACAGGAGAGAAAAGAUUCAGCUGCAGUGUUUGUAACAGAAGAUUUGCCUGGCGUGCUGAUGUCAAAGCACAUAAAUGUGUUGGUCCGAUGGAAACAGAAGCUGACGGAGAGGACUGUGGAGGACCAGAACCAGCCAGGCACUCAGAUCCACGUUUACAACCAAAGACUGAAGACCAGACUGGAGACUCUUCUGAUCCUGAGACUGAUGACAGUGGUGAUUGGAAGGAGACCAGAGAACCUCAGUCAGCUUUAAACUCUCUGAAACAGGAUUCAACGUGUAAGAAACCAUUCAGAUGUUUGGAGUGUAGUAGUAGUAGUAGUAGAUAACUUUAUUGUCCCCGUGGGGCAGUUGGGUUUGCGGCACAAUCGCAAGGCACUUUAUGACAAGACAUCAGACAUAUGAUAUAAACAAAUACUCCUUGCAUCAGACACCGACAGACAAGACAUGACAAAUAUACAUCACACACUACAAUACACUAUACACCCUUGUGUAUGAUCAGGCCAGCUGGACGACUAGCUUAUUCUGACUGAUUUAAAGCUUUUAUGGCUUGUGGUACGAAAGAGAAUUUGGAUCUGUUCUUGGUCAGAAGGGGUAGGCAGAAACGACGCAUAGAUGGCAGUAGUUUAAAAUCUGAUGCCAGGGGGUGUGUGUGGUCACAUACAAUGUUAUUGGCCUUUCUCACCAGUCUGUCUUUGUAAAUGUGUUCAAUGCUCGGUAGCGUUAUCCCAAGUAACUUACUGGCAGUUAAGACUGUUUUUCUGAUUGUCUUUUUCUGAGACUCAGUGGCAUUUCCGAACCAGCAGAUAAUACAUCAAGUUAAAACACUUUCAAUAAAAGCAGUAUAAAACAUUUGUAGCAUUUUGUUAUUGACAUUAAAAACAAGCAGUUUCUUUAAAAAGUACAUUCUUUGCUGUGUCUUAGUUUGCAAAAGAUCAGUCCAAGAGUCCCAUUUAAGCUUGUUGUCCAGUACAAUGCCAAGGUAUUUGUAGUUUGUAACAACCUGAAUGGCCCCACCAUUGAUAAAAGUGUCGGCGGAUUGCUGUGACUUUCUAAAAUCUAUGGACAUUUCUUUGGUCUUAUUGGUAUUUAAAAUUAAGUGUGACUUAUUGCACCAUUCUAAAAAGGAGUCUAAAACUGGCCCAUGAUCUACCUCCCCAUCCUGUAGCAGACUCACUAGAGCUGUAUCAUCAGCAUAUU